AUGCGCGCCACCGCGACGUCCACGCCCGCGUCUCUGCGCUCGACGACGCGUCGAACGCACCGAGAGCGCACCGUUCGUCCAUCUCGGACGUCCGCGCCGCGAGCGGUGGCGCACAAGCGAGAUCGCGUCGUCGUGCGAGGACUCUUCGGCCUGGGGUUGCCGGAAAUCGUCGUCAUCGGCGGCGUCGCCGCGGUUCUGUUCGGACCGCAGAAGCUCCCGGAGCUCGGAAAAUCGCUCGGGAAGACGGUGAAGAGUUUCCAGGAGGCGGCCAAGGAGUUCAAGGACGAGAUGCAAACGGAGAUGGAAGAUGACGAGGAGCCGAAGAUGAUCGAGGAGAAGAAGGAGGAGUAA